CUGUCACCGUGUGGACGUGUAAACUUUUUCCCCUCACAAAAACUGGUUCGCCGACUUUGCAGCAUCUUCUCCGAACAUCUUCCUCGCGGGUUACGUGUGUGUGGACCAUCUGCCGUUGGAGCCGAAUAUUUACGGUACUGAAAUUCCCCACAAAUCACACAGGAUGGAAAAGAUCAACCGAAACCCGGGCGGCAAGCCGUCGGUUCCUCCGGUGGCCUCAGGCCCAGCGGGCGAGCUGGACAUGACCCCCAUCUGGCUGGCCGUGAUCGUCGUGUUCGUAACAAUCAUGCUGCUCUGGGUUUGGAAGAGAAAACGGUCCGCCCGGACGGACGUGCUGCUAACGGGACUGUGCGACUCGGGCAAGACGCUGCUCUUCUCGCAGCUGGUUCUGGGCGAGGAGAAGGAAAGCUUCACCUCGAUCAAGGAGAACCUGGGCGUGCUGCAGACCACGAGCGGCGAGCUCCGGCUGGUGGACAUUCCCGGCCACGAGCGGCUGCGCGGAAAGUUCUUCGACCAGUACAAGAACCUGACCAAGGCGGUGAUCUUCGUCGUGGACAGCGUCACCGUGCAGAAGGAGAUCCGCGAUGUGGCCGACUUCCUGUACACCAUCCUGGCGGAUAAGGCCAUCGCCAACCUGCCCGUGGUGAUCCUCUGUAACAAACAGGACGAAACGCUGGCCAAGGGAGACGGCGUGAUCAAGAGUCUGCUGGAGAAGGAAAUCAACCUGGUCCGCCAGACGCGAACGAGCCAGCUGGAGUCGGUCGACCCGCAGAGCACCGAUGCCGUCUACCUUGGCCGGCCCGACAAGGACUUUGAGUUUGGUCAGCUCUCGCAGAAGGUCCAGCUGGUGGCGUGCUCCGCCAAGGAGCCCCAAAUCGACGAUGUGGUGGCAUUUUUGGAUAGCUUGUAGGGCGGUGGCUCGGGGAGAAAGGAAACACAAGACUCGAUUUCUCUCAUUUUCUUUGGUUUUGUCAAGUUGAAGUACUUUUUUGGAGGGUUUUCUUUCCUUAUUUUUCCACGUGUGACGGUAGUGAUUAGGUUAAGGAAUUCUUUACUUUAUCGUUUCUUAUUUACUGCGAGAGGUUCUAGAGUUUAAGGAUAUUCAACAUCGACAACCUUUUUUUCUCAGUGCAAUGGUUUUUUAUUCCGAAUCCAGUGUGUUCUACUAUCAACAGUAUCUAUAGUUGAGAAUAAAUCAUGCAUUUCGAUUUCAUUUUAAA